GACCUGCCCCUGCAGCCCGCUGCAGGAUCCAUGCACUCCGGGACCAGAUCUCCUGCUCCCCGGGGCUGCACUCGCUCUCCCCUCGUGCCCUCUGGGCAUGAGCUGCACCCACAGCCACCCUGAGCAUGUGAGACACUUGUCACCAGCGGCCACCAGGACCGCGGCACAUCCCCGACCCCUUCCGCGCUGCAGGGUCAGCCUGGCCGUGGGCAAAAAGGGAAAAGGCAAAGCUUCACCCUUUCUACCGGAGCUGCAGUUGCAGAAGCCUUCCCUGCCUUCUGUUCCUCCCUCUCCUCCUCCACCUCCACCUCCACCCCUUCCUCCCCCUCGGGUGGCCCUACAACCCUUCAAGUUCCGUGCAGCCGUGGCACGGCCUGGCGGAGUUCCAGGGCAUGGCACGGCAUGGCACGGCAUGGCAUGGCACAGCAUGGCACGGUAUGGUAUGGCACGGCAUGGCAUGGCACAGCAUGGCACGGUAUGGUAUGGCACAGCAUGGCACAGCAUGGCAUGGCACAGCACCUGGACUGUCUGGAGCAGUGGGCAGCAGGGACGAGGGCUGUAGGCUUAGCCUGGUGCCCAUCCCUGAGAACAUCGGGCCCCUCCUCCCAGCCCCUGGGCAUAGGACGGGAUUCACCCGGCGCUGGGCGGGUUCAGGCUGCUGCUCCUCAGGCUCACAGGGGUGCUCACCUCCCGCUGCCCCAGCCCGACCAGGACGAGGAGCUGCCCGUGGAAUGCGAGGACCCGGCUGGAGAGGGGCAGCGGGGCUGGGAGGGAGCCCCAGCAGCAGCUGAGGAGGAGCCCUGCAGGCUGGUGCUGAGCACAGCCAGCAGCAUCCUGCGGGACACGGAGAUCUGUGAGCUGGGCUCCCAGUUGCCCCCACGGCUGACACAGCAGCCCUGGCACCUGCUCUACUCCACCAGGCGGGAUGGAUUCAGCCUGCGGACGCUGUACCGGAGCGGAGCCCGGCCGGACUCCCCGGCCCUGCUGCUCAUCAGGGACACGGAGGCUCAGGCCUUCGGUGCCUUCUCUGCCAGCGCCAUUCGCACCAGCAGCGGCUUCUACGGCACGGGGGAGACCUUCCUCUUCUCCUUCUGCCCCGAGCUGAAGGUGUUCCGGUGGACAGGCAGGAACAACUUCUUCGUGAAAGGGGAUGUGAAUCUGCUGAUGGUCGGUGGGGGCAGCGGUAGGUUUGGGCUGUGGCUGGACGGGGACCUGCACCACGGUGGCAGCCAGCCCUGCGAGACCUUCGACAAUGAGACCCUCUCACACCGGGAGGAAUUCUGCAUCCAGGAUCUGGAAAUGUGGGGUCUGGCCUGACCCAGACAAAGACACCCUAUUGGAAAAGUACUAGACAGGGGAUGCUUUGGACUGAUGUCUCGAGCACAGCUGUUCCCUGACAGCACCUGCAGAGCCCACAGGAUGCUUACAGCCUCACCCCCUCUUCCUUUCACCUGUUCCCAAUAAUAUCCCAAUUUCAUGGGGAAAGACCAGCUGAUGGGGGCAGUGUGAUCAGAAAAAUCUGCAGUGGGGUCUCAGGCCUGCAGUGUUGUUGCCAUGGGGUCAGGGAGCCCAGAGUGUGUGCACAGGCCCACAAUGGCAUAGCACAACUAACCCUAAAACUAACUCUAACCCUAGCCCAAAUCCCAACCCUAACCCUAAACCCAACCCCAACCCACCUGGCUGGGAUGAGGCAGAGCUGCUCCAGAAGGAGGGCACCUGUCAGCAGGGCUGCACAUAGAGAAGGAAGCUUCAACAGCACUGAUUCUUGUAGGACUGAGCAAGCUCAAGCAGCCUCUGCCCCCGGGGCUGGCUCUGGCAGUGCUGGUGACAGCACAGUCACCAUUCCUCAAUAAACUCCUCCUGGCCUCA